CAACAACAACCCAUCCACGCUCACACGACUCGACUCUCUCUUGCAACGAGACUGAACUUCUCUUCUUGUUUCUGCUGAUUAUACCACUCGUGUUCUCCUGCUCGCUUUCCCCCCUGUGUCCCUCGGACUACUUCGAUUCCGCCGUUCAAUAUGACAUCUGAGCGUGAGAGCAAAACUUUCCUCGCGAGGCUCUGUGAGCAGGCCGAGCGCUACGAUGAGAUGGUUACGUACAUGAAGGAAGUUGCCAGCCUCGGUGGUGAGCUCUCAGUUGAUGAGCGCAACCUCCUCUCCGUCGCCUACAAGAACGUUGUCGGAACCCGUCGUGCCUCGUGGCGCAUCAUCUCCUCCAUCGAACAAAAGGAAGAGUCCAAGGGCUCUGAGAAGCAUGUCCAGGCCAUCAGCGAGUAUCGCCAGAAGAUCGAGCAGGAGCUCGAGCGCGUCUGCCAGGAUGUCCUCGAUGUCUUGGACCAAUCUCUCAUCCCCAAGGCCGAGUCCGGCGAGUCCAAGGUCUUCUACCACAAGAUGAAGGGUGACUACCACCGUUACCUCGCCGAGUUCGCCUCUGGCAACAAGCGCAAGAACGCUGUCACCGCUGCUCACGAUGCUUACAAGAACGCCACCGACGUCGCCCAAACUGAGCUAACCUCCACCCACCCAAUCCGCCUCGGUCUCGCCCUCAACUUCUCCGUCUUCUACUACGAAAUUCUCAACUCGCCAGACCGUGCCUGCCACCUUGCCAAGCAGGCUUUCGAUGAUGCCAUCGCCGAGCUUGAGUCUCUCUCUGAAGAGUCCUACCGCGACAGCACCUUGAUCAUGCAGCUUCUGCGUGACAACUUGACUCUCUGGACCUCAUCCGAGAGCGGUGAGCCUGAGCCAAGCAUGCCUCCUCAAGCCCCUGCUGAGGGUGCUACUGAGGAGAAGAAGGCUGAGGAGACCCCCGCAGGUGAUGCUCCUGCUAAGUCUGAGGAACCCGCCUCAGCUUCUGAAGUUAAGAAGGAAGAGCCUGCUGCUGAAUCCUAAACGGGGAUUUUUUUUCAACAGUCAGAACCCCUAGGCUUUACUGGCGACCGAACUGGCAAAGGGCAGAGAUU